AUGUGGUGUCAUCACUGUUAUUUAAUGGCACGAAAAGCGCGGUCACACUGCACAUCAGCAGCGUGUUGCGGGCCAAUCGGAAGAAAAACAAGUUGAAAUUUACCGACUUUUUUAGAGUUAUACAUUCGAAUUGCAAUUGCUCGCUGCGGGCGCGUAAAAAAGUGAUGCGGAGAUGUGCGCCGACUUUGCUGGGAGCCACUGCCGCCGCUGUUCCACCCACCGACCCCCGAAAGUCGGGUCAACACGUCACCGUUCGAGCCAAUUAAAAACUUGCAUACCCGAGCCCCCGAACGGCCCUAGAUAAGGAUUACGUGUAUAUGCGCGCACGAUGGGCAUGCAGGACGACCUGGAUGGCAUCGUGAGGCAGCGACGCCGGAACCUGAGCCUCCUGCAGCUUCUGGCACUCACUAUGGCGGGACUGGUCGCCAUAGAUCCCGUCCAGGUACGAGCAAACGCCGACUCGGAGCUCCAGACGCCGCGAUCUUCUUCGAGUCGCCCUGCCCUCGCGCACUGCGUGGAUCAGGCCGAGCACCGGAUCGGUCGGAGACUCCUCUACAUAACAACACUGGACGGACGAUUAAAUGCCCUCGACAUUGCCAAGUCCGGAAAACUGCGCUGGAGCGUGCCAACUGGACCAGGGCCACUGAUCUCGUCCAGCAUCCAUCGUCUGGAGCUGACCAACAACGGGCAGUUUGUGCGCAUGAUUCCCUCGUUAAGCGGCGGCAUCUACAAGUUUGACGGCGACUCCAUCGAUCCGAUUCCGAUCACGGCAGAGCACCUGCUCAGUUCGAGUGCCAAGUUCAGCGACGAUUUGGUGAUUUCCGGGGGCAAGGAAACCCGCUCCUACGGCGUCUCCGUUCGCACAGGGCAGCUACUGUAUGAGUGCUCUCUCAACGGCUGUGUGAACUCAACGGAGGAAGAACUGGCCAUCAACGACACAAUUAGGGAGCCGGAAGAGGAGGAGGCGCAGGAGGACAGUGACCAGCUCAGAGACGAGGCUGGCUACGUGGUGGGCCACGAUCCGCUCCUCGACGACGUAAUCGUGGUGCGCCGCCAGACGCAGACGGUGCGGGCCGUGGAAUCUCGUACCGGAAUGGAGCGUUGGAACUUUAGUGUGGGCCAGCACGAAUUAGAUCUGGUUCGACCUUCCGAGUGCCAACAACAGGAGCGAGAUGAGUUGGAGCUGGCUGUCCUGGACGUAGACAUAAAGGUUGUGGUGCCAGAGGGAAUUAUAUGCGCCUUUAGCAAGAGUGACCCACAGACCAUGCUAUGGAAGUACAAAUUUGAUCACCCAAUUGUGAGUGCCUGGAACACAAACGCCGCAGACGAAUUGCGUCCUAUAGAUCUGUUUAGCUCCGCCCAGUGGUUAUGGGACCAGGACCAAGAGGACAACGACCUGCCAGAUGCACCUCACAGCGCACCGUCCAUCUACUUGGGCAUGUACGACAAGCAGCUGUACAUCCAGGAGUCGAUCCGCCUUCGUCAGGAGAUUAUGGACCAGACGAAGGUCUAUCAGCAGCUCACGGGCGACACCAGUCUGAUGCCCAAGAUCCCAUGGAAGCCGAUAGCAGCCAGCAGCAACUCCCUAGUCAUCUUCCGAAAGGAUCAAGAUGAGCCUGAGGUGAUUGGAGAGGGAGUGGGCGCACAGGGAGGAGAACUUGUGCCUUAUGAAGACCACAAUUCGGCUGUGGCAGCACAGUCCGUAUUAAAUGCCUCGGAGUUUGUGAACGGCAAUGGUUUUUACUUCUACACCACCGACGAACUGGAGGGCCCAACGGAGUGCGGCGCACAAAAUCCUGAAGACCUCUCCGCUAUAGAAGCGCCUUCUCCGCCAAACAAUGCCUCUUCUGAAGGAACGGAGGUCACUGGUAACAGCAGCAUGAACGAAGAUCUGGGCUUUAGUCUGGACGACAUCGAUGCCCCUGUGAAGGUUGUUAUACUGUCGCUGUGGUUCUGGUGGAAGGAGAUUGUAGUGAUUGCCUUCACCUCUGCUGUAAUUCUCAAUAUUUUCAUGGGACAACGAAACCAACGAGUGGAGCGCGAAUAUCUGGUUAUUGAACGUCAUGUGCCAGUACAGACGGCCAUCGAGGCCACUGAAGCAUCCACACAGGCUCUCCUGGGUCCUGUGGUGCCGUUGCAGCGUCCCGGAAACCGUUUUAGCUUCCCACCCGGUGGCAGAAACCAACGCACCAAUUCGGAGUCGACAACUCACUCAGGCGAGCACUACACCUCGCGCUUCCAGUCCGACUUCGAGCUGAUGCAGUGCCUCGGCCGCGGUGGCUUCGGAGUGGUCUUUGAGGCCAAGAAUAAGCUGGAUGAGAACCGCUACGCUAUCAAGCGCAUCACGCUGCCUAAUAAGGAGUCCUCCAGGCAGCGAGUUUUGCGGGAGGCCCGCACAUUGGCCAGUUGUGAGCACCACAAUAUCGUGCGCUACUUUCACUCAUGGACUGAAACUCCGCCAACUGGUUGGCAAGAAGAGGAGGAUCGCAAGCUGCUCGCCCACGAGCUUUCAACUUCCAUCCAGAUAGAGACGCCUGACGAGAGUACAAUGCCCUCUUUCGCGGAGCAGUUGCAGGCGAAACGCCACCAGCAGCUCUUGUCCUGGGUUUCGGAUGCAGCGAACAGCACGGAAUGCAGCCAUGACUUUCAUUUACCCGGCGAGUCAUCUCUUAGGAACAUCAAAGAGGAGUAUGACAACGAUGAAGAGGAGGAUUCGCUCAUUGAGUUCCGCAGCGAAUCGCAGUCGGCCGCUUUAAGGGCAGGAGAGGAAGACGAUGACGAUGAUGAAGACGAAGAGGAACAAGACGACAACAGGAGGCACCAUCGCAGCUCCGUUUCCAUAGACAUCCAUUCGGCCUCGUUCGACCUCAAGAACAUUAACUACUCACAGCACCAGCUGGUGUCGAACUCAUUCCAAAUCGAAUCUGUGCGCCCCAAGAGCAGUGGCAGUGAUGAGGCGGAGGACGAUAACAAAGCUCGAAGGAAGCCCCUCACCCUGGCGCUGGCCCAAAACCACAACAACAAUGGCAGCCACGCUACGCCUCCGAGUGCCACGAUUCAGAACGGAGUGGUGUCCAAGCCCAGCAAAGUGUACCUCUACAUCCAGAUGCAGCUGUGUCGGAAGGAGAGUCUGCGUGACUGGCUAAGGGACAAUCGAUCGGAGGCUAGGGCCGCCCACAUCGCUGACAUAUUCCACCAGAUCGUAGACGCCGUCGACUAUGUUCACUUGAAGGGUCUGAUUCAUCGGGACCUCAAGCCAAGCAACAUAUUCUUUUCGCAGGACGGGCAGAUUAAGAUCGGAGACUUCGGACUGGUCACCGACAUGGCGGAUAUUCCCAAUCUGGUGGCCAAGUGCGGGGAUCAGAGCGGCCUGCCCUCCUGCGCCCGCCACACGCAGCAGGUGGGAACCCACCUGUACAUGUCGCCGGAGCAGCUUCUGGGCCAGCACUACGAUUACAAGGUGGACAUCUACUCGCUGGGCCUGAUCUUCUUCGAGCUGCACGUGUACUUCUGCACCGAAAUGGAGCGAAUCAAGACGCUCCGGAGUCUUCGGGACGGGCAGUACCCCAAGGACUUCGCAGUCAAUUACCCGCAGCAGUACGUUUUGCUCCAGCAGAUGCUGUCCGCACAUCCGGAGCAGCGGCCGCAGACCAAGCAGCUGAAGAGCCAGCUGCACAACAUCCUGCAGCUGCCCCCUCACCUGUCGGACGGACGCAGCGAGCAGGCGGCUCUGGCGGAGCGGGCUAGGCGCCUGAGUCGCAGCCGAACAUUCAGCAGCUCCAGCGAGCCGCAUCAGUGAUAAGCUUGGACCGCGCCAAGCUCAGUCAUCAGUUCGCAUUUCGCUUGAAAGCCAUCCCUACCGCUACCGAUUGUCCUCUCCUGGCAGCUAUGCCUCAAUCGGUGACCUCGACCCGGGCAAGUCGAAGAUUUAUUUAUGGGCAAAACCAGAUUUAAUAAGUUUUGUAUUACGUUCACUUUUUCAACUCUUGCGUGUCGCAAACUACCAACAACAAAAUGUCCUUUUGUUUUUAAGACUUAACGUUAGGAACCAUACAUAUACAUAAAGAUGUACUCCAAAACAGUCGUUAGCCUAAGUUAAUGACCUACGAUGCUAAAUUGUUUGUCUUAGUUUGUUUCUAGCCAUGUAGUCCAACCGAUAAGAAAGUUUGUUUUUAGUCGUAGGCGAUAAGAGAUAAAAUAAAAUUGUCAAAAAUAGAAA